CCCCGGGCUUGUCAGGAGCGACAAGAAUCGAAACUGGAGACGAUUGGCAGUAGCUGCGUGUGAUUCCACUCGAAAAUGAAGAGAAAAUCCGACUCCGAACAGCAGCCCAGCGUUCAGUGCCGCAAGAAGAAGCGAAUUGAAGAGUUAGGGCUGAAUCUGAGUUCAACCUCUGAUGAUGAUACACAGUACAGCAACCAUGGUACUCAGGAGUCUUCCACGAGCAGCACAAGCUCUGACAGUGACAAUGAAGAGAAGAGGCCUGUAUUUGGCUCUGGGAGAAAUGAGACCCUGCCUGAUACUCUUGCAGAAGGCUCUUCCUCCCAUUACUCCAUGUACAACAGCGUCUCCCAGAAGCUCAUGGCCAAGAUGGGCUUCCGCGAAGGCGAAGGUCUGGGGAAGUUUGGCCAAGGCAGAAAAGAAAUUGUUGAAACGUCCAAGCAAAAGGGCCGAAGGGGUCUCGGCAUGGUUUUGAAGGGAUUUGAGAAAGAACUGAAUAUAAACUGGCGGUCUGAACCAGAGGCUACCGCUUAUGAAGAAGUGGACUGGUUCCCAGAAUGCACCACCGAUAUUCCAGAUUCUGACGAGUUGUCGGACUGGAUGACCGUGGGGAAGAGAAAGUUGAUCAUAGACGAUGAGACUGAGUUUUGCCGGGACAAUCUCCUGACUAGCCUGUUGCAGUGCAAGAGUGCAUUUGAUGAGCUGGAAGGGGAGGAGAUGAGACGUGCCAGGACCCGAUCCAACCCAUAUGAGAUGAUCCGAGGAGUAUUCUUCCUUAAUCGAGCAGCAAUGAAAAUGGCCAACAUUGAUCAUGUAUUUGACUACAUGUUUACCAACCCUAAAGACUCGCAAGGGAAGCCAAAAUUAAAGGAUAAGGAAUCAGAGCUGCUUUAUUUUGCUGAUGUCUGUGCUGGACCAGGGGGUUUCUCAGAGUAUGUGCUGUGGAGAAAGAAGUGGCAUGCUAAGGGCUUUGGCAUGACCCUAAAGGGACCCAAUGACUUCAAGCUGGAGGACUUUUACGCUGCUCCUAGUGAGCUUUUUGAGCCUUAUUAUGGGGAAGGAGGAGUGGAUGGCGACGGAGAUGUUACCCGCCCUGAGAACAUCACAGCCUUUAGAAAUUUUAUCCUUGACAACACAGAUCACAAGGGGGUCCACUUUAUGAUGGCGGAUGGUGGCUUCUCUGUGGAAGGACAGGAAAACAUUCAGGAGAUUCUCAGCAAGCAGCUCCUUCUGUGCCAGUUCCUGGUGGGACUCCAUGUCAUCCGGACAGGAGGACAUUUCAUCUGCAAAACCUUUGACCUGUUCACUCCAUUCAGCGUGGGCCUCAUUUACUUGUUGUAUUGCUGCUUCGAGCGAGUUUGCCUUUUCAAGCCUCUGACCAGCCGGCCAGCAAACUCUGAGAGAUAUGUGGUUUGCCGUGGGCUGAAAGAGGGCAUUGAUGAUGUACGUAAUUACCUGUUCAAUGUAAAUCGCCGCCUCAAUCAUCUGCGUAAUUCAGAUCAGGAUGUCACUUUGGUGGUUCCCCUGGAGGUUCUGAGAGGGGACAAGCAGUUCAAUGAAUACAUGGUCCGUUCUAAUGAGAGCUGCUGUGAAGUGCAGAUCAAGGCCCUAGCAAAAAUCCACGCUUUUGUACAAGAUUCGACCCUGAGUGAGUCUCGCCAGGCAGAUAUACGGAGGGAAUGUCUGAAGCUGUGGGGGGUUCCAGACCAGGCACGAGUGGCACCAACUAAUACUGAUGCCCGGACCAAGUUUUUCCAACUGAUUCAGAGCCAGAACAUUGAGGUCUUUGGUUACAAGCCGACGCCGCUCACUGCAAAGACCUUGGAAAAGCUGAUCCACGUCUUUGAUUACAGGUGUAUGGUAUGUGGGAGCGAACCAAAGUUCCUCCUGGGCUUGGGGCGGUCUCAGAUAUACACCUGGGGGGGUCGCUCCAAUGAGCGCUGGACUAGACUCGAUUUGAAAACAGAGCUGCCCCGUGACACCCUGUUAUCUGUGGAGAUUGUGCAUGAGCUGAAAGGAGAGGGGAAGGCGCAGAGGAAGAUUAGUGCUAUCCAUGUACUUGACGUUCUAUUUCUCAAUGGGACAGAUGUACGGACACAACAUUUCACUCAGAGAAUCCAACUGGCAGAGAAGUUUGUCAGGGCAGUUGCCAAGCCAAGCCGGCCUGACAUGAAUCCAAUCAGAGUGAAGGAAGUGUAUCGGCUUGAAGAUAUAGAAAAGAUCUUUUUACGGUUAGACAUGAAACACAUUAAGAGCUCGGGGGGAUACCUGCGCCUUUCCUACACUGGCAGAGAUGACCGUCACUUUGUUCCAUGCGGCCUCUAUAUCGUCAAAACUAUAAAUGAACCCUGGAGCAUGGCUUACAGCAAAAGUCAGAAACGCAAAUAUUUCUACAACUCUAAGACAAAGAAUUCACAGUUUGAACUUCCCGUGGAGUCCAUUGCACCAUUUCACACCUGCUACUACGAGCGCCUGUUCUGGGAGUGGGGGGAAGGGGUGCAGAUCCACGACUCUCAGAGACAAGACCCUGACUCAGACAAACUCUCCAAAGACGCCGUCCUUCAGUUCAUUCAGGCGCAUCACCCGUGCAUGCCCUCCAGCCUGACAGAGGAUAGGUAGUAGGACACUGGGGGGAUUGACAGGCACUGCAGCAAUUCUGGACUGUGAGAGUUUCUCCAGCCGUCAUGCUACUUACUUGCUCCUGUGGGACUUACCUCCAUCCUGUGCUGGGCCACCAGUAACGUCCCCUCUCCAGAAUUUCCCACUUUAGUUUUAUGCCUAUGACUCCAAGCCCUCCCAAACCCUGGUCCCCUAUUAUUGUAGACUACAACUCCCAGAUUUCCCGGUUUAUUAAAAGCUUCCAGGACCACUAUAGACAGACUAUAGACGUUCCUGCAUGACCCUGGAUUCUCUCUUGUGCCCUAAAAAACUGCUAAUACUCCCUUCGCUGCCCACCCACUGCCUCUCAUGUAUUUUUUUUUUUAAUCUGAAAUCAACCAACCUUGCCUUUGAUUGACCGGAGCUUCUCAUUGGAUGCGGGAAUGAAAGAAAAGAAACCAUCCGAGUGCAGGAAAGCUGCGAGUAGCGCAGUCAGUUGCAGGAUGUGGGUCACAUGGUACUGGGGAGUCAGAUAUCGGCUGCACUGGACAUGUACCAUGGGGAGGGGGGUGUGCAGGAAUUGCUAUCAGAUUACCAUUCAGUUGACCAUCUCCUAAUCCAAAAUGAACUGCCUCAUUGGAUUUGCCCCUUGUGGAUCCUAGUCCAGAGUCUGUGCCGGAGAUUUCCCUGGCACUUUGUGUCUGUGCAUGGUUUGUACCACCUACCGCCUCUACCUUAUUAAUAGAGAAAUGCGUCAUCCCCAUGGCAAUAAAUUCCCGCCCCCCCCCCCCGUGUCAUUGGACUUUUCUAUUGCAAUUAUGAACUGUGUGGGGGGACGGGGUCCCGUGUGUUCUGCUCUUAAGCUUUGUUCUGUGCUGCUGACACCCAAAUAUAAGUAUCAUUUCUG